AUGAUUGGUGGACAGGAAGGAAGCUGGUGGACAGGAAGGAGGCUGGUAGACAGGAAGGAGGCUGAUAGACAAGAAGUCCCAAAGGUACCGGUGGUAGUUAUACUUGUGGUAGUUAUACCAGUGUUAGAUAUACCAGUGGUAGUUAUACCAGUGGUAGUUAUACCAGUGGUAGAUAUACCAGUGUUAGAUAUACCAGUGGUAGAUAUACCAGUGUUAGAUAUACCAGUGGUAGUUAUACCAGUGUUAGAUAUACCAGUGGUAGAUAUACCAGUGUUAGAUAUACCAGUGGUAGAUAUACCAGUGGUAGAUAUACCAGUGGUAGAUAUACCAGUGGUAGAUAUACCAGUGAUAGAUAUACCAGUGGUAGAUAUACCAGUGGUAGAUAUACCGGUGGUAGUUAUACCGGUGGUAGUUAUACCGGUGGUAGUUAUACCGGUGGUAGAUAUACCAGUGGUAGAUAUACCAGUGGUAGAUAUACCAGUGGUAGAUAUACCAGUGGUAGAUAUACCAGUGGUAGAUAUACCAGUGGUAGAUAUACCAGUGGUAGAUAUACCAGUGGUAGAUAUACCAGUGGUAGAUAUACCAGUGGUAGAUAUACCAGUGGUAGAUAUACCAGUGGUAGAUAUACCAGUGGUAGAUAUACCAGUGGUAGAUAUACCAGUGUGUUCCCCGAGUGUUAGUGUUCCCCCGAGUGUUAGUGUUCCCCCGAGUGUUAGUGUUCCCCCGAGUGUUAGUGUUCCCCCGAGUGUUAGUGUUCCCCCGAGUGUUAGUGUUCCCCCGAGUGUUAGUGUUCCCCCGAGUGUUAGUGUUCCCCCGAGUGUUAGUGUUCCCCCGAGUGUUAGUGUUCCCCCGAGUGUUAGUGUUCCCCCGAGUGUUAGUGUUCCCCCGAGUGUUAGUGUUCCCCCAAGUGUUAGUGUUCCCCCAAGUGUUAGUGUUCCCCCAAGUGUUAGUGUUCCCCCAAGUGUUAGUGUUCCCCCAAGUGUUAGUGUUCCCCCAAGUGUUAGUGUUCCCCCAAGUGUUAGUGUUCCCCCAAGUGUUAGUGUUCCCCCAAGUGUUAGUGUUCCCCCAAGUGUUAGUGUUCCCCCAAGUGUUAGUGUUCCCCCAAGUGUUAGUGUUCCCCCAAGUGUUAGUGUUCCCCCAAGUGUUAGUGUUCCCCCAAGUGUUAGUGUUCCCCAAGUUGUUAGUGUUCCCCCAAGUGUUAGUGUUCCCCCAAGUGUUAGUGUUCCCCCAAGUGUUAGUGUUCCCCCAAGUGUUAGUGUUCCCCCAAGUGUUAGUGUUCCCCCAAGUGUUAGUGUUCCCCCAAGUGUUAGUGUUCCCCCAAGUGUUAGUGUUCCCCCAAGUGUUAGUGUUCCCCCAAGUGUUAGUGUUCCCCCAAGUGUUCCCCCAAGUGUUAGUGUUCCCCCAAGUGUUAGUGUUCCCCCAAGUGUUAGUGUUCCCCCAAGUGUUAGUGUUCCCCCAAGUGUUAGUGUUCCCCCAAGUGUAGUGUUCCCCCAAGUUGUUAGUGUUCCCCCAAGUGUUAGUGUUCCCCCAAGUGUUAGUGUUCCCCCAAGUGUUAGUGUUCCCCCAAGUGUUAGUGUUCCCCCAAGUGUUAGUGUUCCCCCAAGUGUUAGUGUUCCCCCAAGUGUUAGUGUUCCCCCAAGUGUUAGUGUUCCCCCAAGUGUUAGUGUUCCCCCAAGUGUUAGUGUUCCCCCAAGUGUUAGUGUUCCCCCAAGUGUUAGUGUUCCCCCAAGUGUUAGUGUUCCCCCAAGUGUUAGUGUUCCCCCAAGUGUUAGUGUUCCCCCAAGUGUUAGUGUUCCCCCAAGUGUUAGUGUUCCCCCAAGUGUUAGUGUUCCCCCAAGUGUUAGUGUUCCCCCAAGUGUUAGUGUUCCCCCAAGUGUUAGUGUUCCCCCAAGUGUUAGUGUUCCCCCAAGUGUUAGUGUUCCCCCAAGUGUUAGUGUUUCCCCCAAGUGUUAG